GACUUUCUCCCCGUGACUGCUCUGUUUACACGGUGUAUUGUGAAAGUACUGAGGCGAAGACAUUGUAAACCAUAAUUGCCUGAAAACCGUUUCCAUGGCGACGCAAACACAACGCAGUGAUUGUUAACCCGCUCACUGACGCACAAACCUUUAAAACCACAGUGAGGAGCGUGUUUCCGUUCACUUCGGCCGCUGCUUUUCACCGACACAAUGGACUUGAACUACGUCAGACGUGCUUCCUCCGCAGGUUACCGUUUACCGGGGCGAUCCAACGGAACCAGGCUGAUAACUGUCCAGUCAUCUACGGACAAGAGGAGGACCAGAGACGCGGUGUCUGUGGAGCAGAGUCCAGGCAAGAGUGAUAACGUUAAACAGGACCAACUGUGGAAAGAGCUUGUCUGGAGUGAGAGGAGAGGCAUCCGGGAAUGGGAGAAGAACUGGAACUUUCUCAAGAAUUAUGAUGAGAUGGGACAGCUGAAGACAGAGGAGCCUCUGCCCAGCUAUGUCCCGCUGUUCUCUGACCGUGUCCCCAACACCACCAACCAGAUGUUUGGCAGCAGACUGUCCACUCCACUGGGGAGUGAACUGGUCAGACUGGACAGGCUGUUACUCUGGUCUGGAGGCCAUUACAAGAGCAAAAAGGAUGCAGAGCUGAUGCCGUGCUAAGAGGAAAAGGCCUGGAGAUAGUUAAUUGCUUCACGUGCAGACAUUUGUAUAUUAGGCUUCUAAAAAUCGUCUAUUUUUGCCAAGACACUCACCGUAACUCAGUGGCUUUAGAUGUUUAUGCAGGUUUUAUAUGUUUCUUUAAUGGUAAUUCAUAUUUUCUCAUCUUUGCAUAAGAAUAUAGACUCAUUUACUGGCUAACAACCCUGUACGGUGGUACAAAGCUUAAUUUCCUGAAGUAUUUCAUAAAGCAAAUAGAGAGAGACAGGUGAGAAGUGGAGUCAUCAGCAGAUGACAUUCACAUCUUCUUUGCUACAUCACAGACACUUCAUGAUAUAACAAGACGCCUGAUCACAUUUGGAUGUAAACACAUGUAAGUGGAUGUAGAUCCAUGGAAAAAUAUAUGGGAAUCCUGUUUAGUGAUGUUAUUAUUAUGGGUUUCUUUUUUUAUGAACCUGAAGCAACGGUUCUGUGUGAUUUCAUGGGACUGACAGCAUGAGCCUCAGGUUUGGUGAUGUUGUAGCUGCCUCAGAAAACCAAAAACGAUGUCAUCAUGUAAUCACAUGACAUUAAUCACUGCCCCGUGUCUAAACUGAAUAGAAAUGUUGAUGUACAGUGAAUCUGAAAAGAUGUUGUUACAAUACAAAUCAUCAUAUCAUUAGAAUAAAGUUGUUGUUUUUUUCCAUGUUCAA